AUGACCGACACGGCGAGGUGGAAGGCGACCGUCUACGUCGGCGGCCUUGCCCCGGUCGUCACCACCGGCACCCUACACGACGCCUUCAUCCCGUUUGGUGAGAUCGCCGACGUGUCCCUACCGAAGAAUGAGAACCCAAAUUCCACCGAUCCGCACCGUGGCUUCGCCUAUGUGGAGUUUGAGGAUGCGGAAGACGCAAAAGAAGCAAUAGACAACAUGGAUCAGGCAGAGUUCUUCGGCAGGGUUAUAAAAGUAUCGGCAGCAAAGGCGCCGAAGAGCGCAGACGAGGGUCUCGGCAGCAAGCGGGCUGUUUGGGAGCAGGUACGUCACAUUGCUUCAGGACCUCCUGCUUUUUUCCACCUCCAAACAGAGAAGACUAACCAAAAUUUUUCAAUUAGGAGUCAUGGCUUGCCGAACAUGCUGUGA